UGGAUGUUUCAAAAGUUAAAGAGGUUUCGAAGGAGAGGUGGUAGCUCGCUGCUGCACAGCUUAAAUCUCGUAAACCUCAUUGGAGGCUCCGCAAGAGCUUACGGUCCAAGAAGAAGAAGAACAAACAGCCAUGGCCAGUAGUUCUGGAUCAGCGACAUUAGAAGAUGUCCCCUCCAUCGAUCUCAUGUCCGAGCUCCUCCGUCGCAUGAAGUGCGCUUCAAAACCCGACAAGCGCCUCAUUCUCAUUGGUCCACCUGGAUCAGGAAAAGGCACCCAAUCGCCAAUCAUCAAGGAUGAAUACUGCUUGUGUCACUUGGCUACUGGUGAUAUGUUAAGAGCUGCUGUUGCUGCAAAAACCCCACUUGGCAUUAAGGCUAAGGAGGCUAUGGACAACGGUGGACUUGUGUCUGAUGACUUGGUUGUUGGCAUCAUAGAUGAAGCAGUCAAGAAGCCUUCAUGUCAGAAAGGUUUCAUUCUUGAUGGAUUUCCUAGAACAGUAGUCCAAGCACAGAAGCUCGAUCAGAUGCUAGAAAAGCAGGGUACUAAAAUUGAUACGGUGCUUAACUUUACCAUUGAUGAUGCGAUCUUGGAGGAGAGGAUUACAGGACGAUGGAUACACCCAUCAAGCGGAAGGUCUUACCACACGAAAUUUGCUCCUCCAAAGGUUGCUGGUGUUGAUGAUGUCACGGGGGAACCUUUGAUUCAACGAAAGGAUGAUACUGCAGCAGUUCUUAAAUCUCGGCUGGAGGCUUUCCACAAGCAAACAGAGCCGGUGAUUGAUUACUAUUCCAAGAAGAAAAUUGUCGCAGAGCUUCAAGCAGAGAAGCCUCCCAAAGAGGUAGCAGAAGAGAUUCAGAAAGUGCUCUCAUCCUAGAAAUGGGCGUCUUAUAAUAACUUAGCGAUGGAUGGAUCGUUUUCAGCGAAACCAUUCAUAGCCUUAACUUUUAUUGAUGUUAUUUGGUAAAAUCUGCUGACUUUGUGAGAUAACCUCAUUUGUUUUACAAACCAUAGAUACACUGAUGCUGUGAACUUUUCAUUACAUAAUGCACUACUAGUAUUGCUAUAAAAUAAGAAAUAGUUAUCUUUUAUGA